UGCAAGUAACGGUUUUGAAUACUGAAUUGGAAAAUGAAUGGUGGAAAAAAACAAAGGGGGAAGCCCGCGCCCUGCUGUCUCAGCGUCUCAUUCACGACGCUAACAAUUUCCUUAUUACCUGAGCUGAGCGUUACUGGAGAUUUGGACUCUAGUCUCCAUAUGAGGACCAUGCUCCUAAAACCCUCUUCACUACAAGACACUUGAUUUGCCAAUCUCUCUUUCUCUCUUAAUUUAAUGGCCUUUUCUCAGUCACCCUGCGAUGUUCUCAUGUCUUUUACUUGUAUCUGACUGACUCCUUCCUGCUCCCUCCAUCAUCUCGUUUCCAUCGCCAUUUAAUCCCCCCCCCCCCCCCUCUGUGCCCUAAAGGACAACAAAACGGAAUUCUUGGACAUUUCAUGGCAGCCACGACAACUACAACAACCACCACUACUGCUUUCCUCAAGGUCCAAAACCAACCCUCCAAGCCCAAGCGUCGCAAGCAUCGCGAAACCACUAUCUCCGCCCCUGCUUCUUCCUCCGCUCCCAACGACGCCGUUUCCUCUUCCUCUUCCUCUUCUUCUCGCUACCCUGAUCCUCCCACUGUUGUUUCCCCCAACCAGUCUUGGUGCUGCCCCGCCUCUAAACCCAUCCCUGCUCCCUCCGACCACCCUCGCCGUCUUAUAAAUUCUCCUGAAGCUUCCUCAUUCGGCCGUUCCACAUUGCCUUCUUCGCCUUCGGAUUCGCCGUCCACCUACAGGAUUCGGUUCUCGCCUGGUAGGUUUUCCCCGACCAUGGAUUUUAGCUACUCGGGGAGCCCCGCCAAUGGGCACUCUUCUCAAGAAUCUUUCCCUUCUGGCUUUACCAAAUUCAACUCCGCCCUCACCGCGGGGUUGCUGAAUCCAAUGUCGCCGCCGCCCCCUUCCGAUAAAGCUCGAUCGAGCCCCACCCUUUUUGAAAUGAUGGCCAGCGAGCCCGACGUCCAUUCCAGAACUCAGAUCCCCCAAAACAAUAUUCCUUCCUCCGCGCAAAAGCCCCAAAUUCUAGUGCAGGAUAGGCAGGCUCUAAUGAUGCAACGGAUAUCGGACAUACUGGCCACCCGCAGCCCUGGUAACCAGUUCAACGAUCCCUCCUCCAGUGAUAUCAAGCUCACACUCAGUUCCAGAGAUGGAAUCAGCGUUUCCAUGAACGUUCACCGACAAAUUCUUGUUGCCCAUAGCAGAUUCUUCUCCGUCAAGCUCUCUGAUCGCUGGGCGAAGCAGCAGCGGCAGACGCUGCCGCACAUUGUUGAAAUCGCUGACUGCGAUGACGUUGAAAUUUACAUUGAGACGUUGAGGUUGAUGUACUGUAAGGAUCUUAGGAAGAAGCUAAUGAAGGAGGAUGUUUCCAGAGUUCUUGGUAUCUUGAAGGUUUCUGCGGCCAUCGGGUUUGAUGCUGGGGUUCUGUCUUGUUUGGAAUACUUGGAAGCAGCCCCGUGGGCAGAGGACGAAGAAGAGAAAGUGGCCUCACUUCUAUCCGAGCUUCGUCUUGAAGCUGCCGGGGAAGUUUUGAAGAGGGUUUCAACAGAAGUUACUGAUGGAAAUGAAGAGGCAAAUGAUAGUGAGGAAGUACUGCUAAAACUUAUUCGUGUGGUACUUGAAGGAAAAGAUGAAAAGGCCAGGCGUGAAAUGAAAGGGUUAGUGUCAAAGAUGCUUCGUGAGAAUUCAUCUCAAAAUGAUCUUCGCAAAGAGUCCUUAUACUUGGCUUGUGAUGAUUGUCUGCAACUGCUCAGUCACCAUUUUUUGCGAGCUGCAGCUUCUGACUUGGAAGAUGUGGGUCAAAUUGCCCGACAAGCAGAUAAUUUGUACUGGAUUUUGGAUAUUUUAAUUGAUAGGCAGAUUGCUGAGGAUUUCCUGAAAACGUGGGCAUCUCAAUCUGAAUUGUCUGAAGCUCAUUCUAAAGUGCCUGCAGUUCAUAGGUUUGAGGUUAGCAGGGUUACAGCAAGAUUGUUUGUUGGGAUUGGGAAGGGACAACUAUUAGCUUCUAAAGAUGUCAGGUGUUUACUACUAAAAACAUGGUUGGUGCCAUUCUAUGAUGAUUUUGGUUGGAUGAGGAGGGGAUCCAAAGGCCUUGAUCGUCACCUAAUUGAGGAUGGCCUUAGCAACACCAUCCUCACUCUACCACUCUCCUGGCAACAGGAAAUCCUGCUUGCUUGGUUUAACCGUUUCUUGAAUUCUGGGGAAGACUGCCCAAACAUACAAAGAGGUUUCGAAAUUUGGUGGAGACGGGCUUUUUGGAAGCGAAAUGGAGAGCAAGAACGGGCACAGCAUCUACGAAUUACAACUGCCACAAUAGACAACCCUUGAAGACCGAUGAUCUCGGGGUGCAAGAAUUAUCACAUCACAAUGUUUUUAACUGGGUCUGUCUCCUUAUACAUUCUCAUGAUCUUCUCUACUAUGUUUACUCCAUGAUGUUUAUUGAUGAUAAUGAGUUUGUGAUGGAUGGACACGAAAACUGCAGAAGAGGGCAUGGUAGUGAAGGCAGGGUUGGUCCUUCGUUAAAAUGUAACAAACACAGCAGCUCUUGGCAGGUAAAGAGAGGAUGGUGAGGCGGAUCUCUUUAAUGGGAUCAGCAUCCGUUAGCUUUGGAGCCAAGAAAGGUCUUGAUGGAGAUAUACUUGUAUUUCCUUGCAGAGUAGUCUAUGUUGAUCCUUAAAUAUGGGCAUGUGUCUCAAUAUAUUGAACCGAUUUUGCUUGUAUAGGAAUAACUUCUAUGGAAGUUUAGCUGCGGGGAAUAUAAUCACUUGUGACACCUAAGAAUAUGAUUUUUUUUCUUUAAUUACCGAUGAGUCUUUUUUCCCCUUUCCUUUUUCCUAGCUGGAGGGGUGGGAAAGUUUGAGCUUGGUUUGUGUGGUGUAUCGAACCGGAAGACACGAAAUUUAUGGUCUAUAUUCUAUAAUUUCGUUGAGUGAAAAUUACAACCUGGAAUCGUGAUGCUA